AUGACCCUCAAAAGAGAGCAAAUUGAGAAACCUAACAAAGCCAAAAAGACCAUUGCCUUCAAAAUAUCUUCCGAAAACUCAAGUGAUGAAGAUGAUGAGUUUGAUGAGGAAGCAUUGGCUCUAAUGACAAGGAGAAUAAGGAAGAUGCUCGUUCAAAACAAGAAGUUCAUCCCAAAGAGGAACUUCAAGAAGGACAAGGGAGAAAGUAGCAAGAGGGAUCCUCCCACAUGCUUUAAAUGCAACAAGCCGGGUCACAUUAGAACGGAUUGUCCCAAAUUGAAAAAGCCUUUCAAGAAGUUCAAGAAGAAGGCACUUAAAGCAACAUGGGAUGAAUCAAGUGACUUUGAAGAUGAGGAGAUUGGUGAUCAAGUUGCCCAAAUGUGCUUCAUGGCAAUGGAGGAAAGCUCCAAUGAGAGAAAUAAACUUUUAAAAAGUGAGCUUGUGAGUUUAAGGAAAGAGAAUGAGACCUCAUCUAAGGUUGAUAGACCUUUAGAUAGUAAUGUGCAAAAAUCCUUAGAUGAGCUUUUAUUAGAAAAUGAGAAGUUGAAAAAUGAAAUUGUUGAGCUAAAAACUUCUCUUUUCAAAUUUGCUAAAGGAAAGGACAAACUUAAUGCAAUUUUGGACUCUCAAAGGUCUCUUAGCAUUAAGUAUGGACUUGGCUAUAGUAAAUUUACCCAAGCACCUCUUUCCAAGACCAUCUUUGUUAAAGCAUCUAGUUCUAAUGAGCCUAUUCCUCAAAUGCCUAGUCUAAAGGUAUGCUUGAAAUCCUCAAAGCUUGAAAGCAAGUGGUACUUGGAUAGUGGAUGUUCAAGACACAUGACCCAAAAUGCCAAUCUCUUCCUUUCUCUUGAAAAGAAAGAUGGAGGCAGGCAAGUGACUUUUGGUGAUAAUGGUAAAGGUAAAAUUGUGGGAAUAGGUAAGGUUGGUAAGGAAAACUCCCCUAUUCUUGACAAAGUGCUUUUGGUUGAUGGUUUAAAACAUAAUUUGCUUAGUGUUAGUCAAUUAUGUGAUAAGGGUUGUGGAGUUGUUUUUGAGUCUAAAUCUUGCUUUGUGUCUAGGAUGAGUGAUAACAAAAUGCUUGCACAUGCUAGCAUGGACCUUCUUGCAAACUUUAACAAGGAUGAGAUAGUUGAUGGGCUACCAAAGAUCAAGUUUCAAAAGGAUAAGGUGUGUAAUGCAUACCAAAUGGGUAUCUUCUUGGGAUACUCUACAUCCAGUAAAGCAUAUAGAGUCUUCAAUAAGAGAACCUUAGUUGUUGAGGAGUCAAUGCAUGUUGUAUUUGAUGAAGCUAACUCCUUUGGUCCUAGAAAGGAUAUUUUUUGUGAUGAUGAUGUUGUAGGUAAUCUUGAUGAGUUGACUCUUGAAGAUCCUCAAUCUAGUGGAAUUUAA